GGCCAAGACUUCCCGAGCAGGCGACAGCGGCCGCCGCCCCGACGCGCCACACAGCCCCCGGCCCGCCACCAUGUCUUCUGCAAGGUUCGAUUCCUCAGACCGCUCCGCCUGGUACAUGGGGCCUGUGUCUCGCCAGGAGGCGCAGACCCGGCUCCAGGGCCAGCGCCACGGCAUGUUCCUGGUCCGCGACUCGUCCACCUGCCCCGGGGACUACGUGCUGUCUGUGUCCGAGAACUCACGGGUCUCUCACUACAUCAUCAACUCCCUGCCCAACCGGCGUUUUAAGAUCGGGGAUCAAGAGUUCGACCAUUUGCCGGCCCUGCUGGAGUUUUACAAGAUCCACUACCUGGACACUACCACCCUCAUCGAGCCUGCGCCCAGGUAUCCAAGCCCACCAAUGGGGUCUGUGUCUGCACCUAACCUUCCUACACCAGAAGAAAAUCUGGAAUAUGUACGGACUCUCUAUGAUUUUCUUGGGAACGAUGCCGAAGACUUGCCCUUUAAAAAGGGUGAGAUCCUCGUGAUAAUAGAGAAGCCUGAAGAACAGUGGUGGAGUGCCCGGAACAAGGAUGGCCGGGUUGGGAUGAUUCCUGUCCCUUACGUUGAAAAGCUUGUGAGAUCCUCACCACAUGGAAAGCAUGGAAAUAGGAAUUCCAACAGUUACGGGAUCCCGGAACCUGCUCACGCAUACGCUCAACCUCAGACCACAACUCCUCUACCUGCAGUUUCCAGUACUCCUGGGGCAUCGAUCAACCCUUUGCCAUCCACACAGAAUGGACCUGUCUUUGCGAAAGCAAUCCAGAAAAGAGUACCCUGUGCUUAUGACAAGACCGCCUUGGCAUUAGAGGUUGGUGACAUUGUGAAAGUCACAAGGAUGAAUAUAAAUGGCCAGUGGGAAGGCGAAGUGAAUGGGCGCAAAGGGCUUUUCCCCUUUACACACGUCAAAAUCAUUGACCCUCAAAACCCAGAUGAAAACGAGUGAUUGCUGUUGUCCUGUUUCUGCUGCUUCAUCGUUCUGCCUGUCAUAGUCUCCUUUGAAGUGGGAACGCAUUCUCUCUCAUAGGCGGGUCACACUGCAUUGCCGACCUCCAGCUUUCUGCAGACUGGCGGUCUCUCAUACACAUUUGGAAUGCACACAGCGGCUGCCUCCUGGCAUUUGUAUCAUAGUUGUAUUGUCAAAGAGUAGCCGAUUUUAGAGUUCUUUUGGAUCAUAAACUGGAAGUACUGGUGGAAGCACACAAGUGGAGAGAAGAUGAGGAAAGGGUCUUCCUUCUCAUCACUGCCUGGUUUGCAGCUGGGACUGAUUCUGUCAUGUUGGUCAGAGAAAGCUUGAGAUCAUGGGGAGAUACUGUGUGUUGCUGUUCCAUAAAGCAGUGGCUCAGCUACCAUCUUUCUUUUCUUUGGACAAGAGGAAAUGAACCUUAAGGAAGGCAAAAUUUUGUCCUGAACCCCUCAAAUCUGACCUUUGUUUUCUUUUGUUUCGGUUUGAUUUUGGAAGAUUUAAGUAGACUUGUGUGUUCUGAACAGGUUUUUAAGUAGCAGGUUGGAUUUUUGUGAUAGUCCAAGGAAUGACACGUGCCUCUGAGCUUCUAAACUGAAGCUGCCAUAACUAAAGAAAUAUGAAAAGAACAACCCUGAAGCAGAGGCCUUUAUUGUCUUGGUUGCCAAUAGUACCUUGUUUCACCAGACAGCAAACAAUAAGCAAUUAUGGAGUGCCGAGCUAUGUGCACAGCCUCUUGGAUUACUUUAGCCCCAAAAGCAUGGGAAGAGGGUACUUUGGGGAAAUCUUUGCUCACCUUGUUUUGUCAGUGCUAAGAACAGUGGGCAGGGUCGGGGGAGCACUGGGCUGGUUACUUGUCCAGCUUUUCAAUGAAUUCACCCUUUUAAGGUUAGGUGUUAAUUUUUUUUUUUUUAAGGUGUGGUUGUUCUAGGAUCCUUGCAUUCAUUAAUCAAUCAUUAAAUGUCAUUCACCGAAGCCCAGUCCUCUCUGCCCUGGCCCAGCUUCACCAGUUUGCCAGAGAAAAAUGGUGCUGCUAAAACUGGUUCCACUAUCUAAGCGUCUGUGAUGCUCCCAAGCAAAGGAAGUGCAAGCCCUGGAAAUUGGUUAAUAUAUUUGAUGUCUAGUGUUUUAGGGACUAGGGAGAGCCAUUAACCAAUUUACUAUUAACUUUUUAUCAGUUUGCUGAUGUUAAAACAUUUCCCUGUUAGCUAAAACAAGCCAUCUGGUACAAAUGUGUGACUGAUCUGUCAUCUGCACGUAGCAGAUUAGAAUUCUGGACCCUUGCUGGGUGCAGUGGCUCACGCCUAUAAUCCCAGCACUUGGGAGGCCAAGGCAGUCAGAUCGCCUAAGCUCACAGGUUUGAGAUCAGCCUGAGCCAGAGCAAAACCCUGUCUCUAAAAAUAACCAGGCAUUGUGGCGGGUGCCUUUAGUCCUAGCUACUUGGGAGGCUGAGACAAGAGAAUCACUUGAGCCCAAGAGUUUGAGGUUGCUGUGAGCUAUGAUGUUACAGCACUCUACUGAGGGUGACAAAAUGAAACUCCGUCUCAAAAAAAAGAAAAUAAUUCUGGACCCCUUCUGCAGUUCAGUCUGCUCUCCCUUCUGGACCCUGGUAAAGACAAGCUUCAGCUCGUACUGAAUACUGCAGACCUAGAAAUGUAGCAAUUUUCUAAGGAGGUCAUUUACUAAUAAUCUGCUCUGACUAUGGCCCUAUCUCUGGAGGUUCUUAGGUUUUGAGGUUUAGAGCAAUAUAUAUUGAUGGCAAAACCAGGAACACAACCAUUUUUCCAUUUCUUUUUCAAUUUCCCUUUAGUCAGUAUUCCAUCAGACAGAUAACUGCCAUAUUAAAGAAUCUUGAGAGUGUUCCUGUGACAAAACUAAUGGUCUGUUGGGAAAAAUAACACAUGACUGCCUUUCUGUGAUUUUCCUCAAAAAUGCUCGGAGAUCAGCUCUUUUUCCUAACCAGUGAAAAUUGUAGCCGCCUUCUGGUUGGGUCCGUGUGGUAGGCAUGCACUAAGUUCAGGCCCACCUUAGUAUCCACAAGUGCUGGGGGUACUGGGGUGUGACAGAGUCUCAAAGUCUCCCUUGAGAUAGCCCUUGCCAUUCAACCAGUUGACCUGGUUUAGCCUACCCUUGUUGGCACCCAAGUGGAGUGUCCAGCAGAAGGUGGAAUGUGUACCUCAUUCAAAGGCAUAAAUUCUUGCAGACUUUUACAACCAGAUUUAGCUGAAGGGCUUGACACUUUUUGAUUAUAGCAGUUGGCUCAGAGCAUAAAGAAGUAUGUUGCCAUUUUGGAAAGCAUGUCAUGCUUUAGCCAUGUCUACCGACCAAUAGCAAGACCCAUAUUAUAUGGAGCACUUCAGAAUCAAAACACCUAUGAACCUAGGGUUUGGUUUUAUAAUGAAUCAGUUUAUGAUUUCAGCCCAGGAGAUUCAGAGCUCAAAUAAGGUGAGCCUUGGGUUCUGAACUCCCAACAUGUGUGCCAAAAGUAAUCACUUUUUGACUUAAAACCUUACCAGUUUUUUAAUCAGGCAGGGAAAUCCCCUUUUUCACACUAAGUUUAUGAAAAUGCACUCCUGCUGGAGCUUCAUGGCUGGGUUCCCCACUGGUCUAAGACAUUUGUGCUUCAUAGGUCAACACACAUCUGACCCAGAGGGUGGGUUUUCUUUGGUAAUUGUUCAUUACUCGUUCUGCUCUACUAUGUUGUUUAAGAAAAUAUUUGGAUGUUAAAUUAACUUAGUAUGGUUUUUCACCUGGAAAGGAAACCAAUUACAUUCUGGGGGGCAUUGACCAUUUCAUUAAAAAUUUAUUUAUCCUGGGAAGGACCUCCAGUACUUGAGUCCUUGUCAUGUCUGUGCUGUGUGGAGCCACCUGAUGCCGUGGUUGACAAAGAGGAGGAUUUGUUGACCAGCUGCCAUUUGACAACUUUGGUCACCCACACUAAAUACUUUCUGUGCUCAUGGUUGGAAAACUGAAAGGAGGAAAGGACAGCUGUGCCCUCCAUGGAGCUCAUGAUUGCUUGGUACUGUACUGGCUUUCCUUCACAGCUGUUUACAGACAAGGCGGGCCUGAGAUGCACGGCCACUGCUCUUGUAAUGUUUGCUCAGAGGAAUAUGAACAUUUUAUUUUGAAAAGGGAUGAUGCGGUUUUGUGUCAGGUGUUUAUAAUUUAAUCCUUUAAUAUUGUGGUCAUUAACCUCUUAAAAUGAAUGAAUUCUUGAUUGUUUUAACACAGCACCUAAGACUAAUGAUUUCUGUGGACACCACUGAGCUCUGCCUCAGCUCCACCCUCUGGGACCAGAGAACUAUAUCCCUGGCAACUGCUGUCAGUAUGGACACUGAGAUGGUUGUAUAUCCUAACGGAGUAGAAGGACAGUUCUCUGAGACAGGAUCAUUGUCCCUACAGGAGGAACAGUGGCCUUGCUUCUUAGACGGUCUUCACUGUGUGUUUUACAACAACAACGUAAAACUUUUUUGACCUGUAACUUAAAGAUCAUAAACUUCAGGCAAUAAUAUUUUCUGUGUAAGCUUUUAAAAUUAUUUUUGGGGAUCAUAGCUUGUUUUAUUUUGUGCUAUAAAAUUAACAGUAUUAAAUGACUUAUAUUCUUAGAAUACAUUGAGUGUCUUUUCUUAACAGAUUAGUGCCUUUUUAUUUUUGUAUUCCAUUUUACGUUACUGGUCCCAGCAUCAAAACCCUUGUUUCCAUGGCCUGUUUGUACAUUGUGUCAAUAAAACUUGCAUCAGCCAGUGGUGGCAGCA